CUAGCAGCCGCAAUUCAGUUCGUCCGACGGUCCGAGUCGUCCCCACUGGCUGCGCACCGAGGCGCCGCGCGGCAGACGCCCUCACCCAGAUCCCGGCUCCCUGCAGCGGCGCCCUCGCCCUCCGCCCCUCCGGCCCCGGUCCCCGAGUCCCCGACGCGCCUGGGCACCUCGCUGCCUCCCCGGCUCCCUGCUGCAGGCUGGCGUCCGCGGCGGAGCGGGCCUACGGCCACAGCGCACACCGACGAGAACACCUGCCUGGACGGGCUCGCCGCGUGGACGCCGGCACGCGCGCCGCCAUCCGCGGCAGGGUCACCCUCGUCAACGCCAGUGCUCCCUUCAGACGGGCGACACAGGUGCUGAUCUCCUCCGAGCGAGCCCGAGCUUUCAUAGGCAUGAGUCGCGCUUCUUCUCCCUGCGUCCUUCCGCAAGGCACAAGUGUACAACAGAGCUCUCCAAGAGAUGCCCAUUGCGAUUGAGACGGACAAAGCUAAGGCCCAGCACUACGAGCUGCCAACCACAUUUUUCAAGCUCGUUCUCCGAAGGAAUCUCAAAUACAGGGAAGGCAGCCGCCGGCUCAAGCUCCAUGGAGCAACAACCAAGCUCUAGCAGAAAAGGGAAAAGAAAGGCACAAGAAAGAGAUCUAAAGAGCUAUUUUAGUCCAUUCGGAUCCAGUAGCACAAACCCAAGCACUCAUGGAAGUGAAGUUGGUAAUGCCAUAAUAGAGGAGGAAGAGGUGGUGGAAACUCAUUUGGAGGACACCAAUACCAUAGGCCAACAGCCAGGUAGCAAUGAAAAUGAUCAAGGUACAAUAACUGAGUUCAAUCCGGAUUAUAUCAUUUCUGAUCCGGGGCUUCGGAUUCCAAUUGAACAAUUUAGUCCUAAUAUUAGAGAUGAAAUUAGGAGGGCUUUCAUGGAACGAGGUCCAACUCAACCUAGUAGUCAUGUUUUUCCUAGAGGAGAAGAUAAAAGGCGCUUUCGAAAAGAAUGGUUUGAGAAAUAUAAUUGGCUGGAAUAUAGCUUGGUGAAUGGUAAGGCUUAUUGCUUUUGUUGUUAUCUUUUUAGAAGAGUUGGUGUAGAUGAUGACAAAUUUGGUUAUGAGGCCUUUAAAAAAGAAGGCUUUAGGCAAUGGAAGAAUGCCUACUUAGCACUCCCUAAACAUGUUGGUGGCCCUAAUAGUGCUCAUAAUAGAUCAAGAGCGGCAUUUGAUGAUUUUGAUAAUCAAAGGGCAAGCGUAAAGGAGAAAAUUGUAGUUCAUACCAAAGAGGCAGAAAAGAAGUAUGAAACCCGUGUAGAUACAUCUUUGGCUAUUGUAAGUUAUAUUGCCUUGCAAGGUGAACCGUUCCGUGGACAUGAUGAAUCAGAAACUUCAUUGAACAAAGGCAACUUUCUAGAAUUUCUUGAUUGGUACAAACUAAGAAAUGAGGAAGUGAGGCAGGCAUUUGAAUUUGCUUGUCCUAAAAAUGCUAAAAUGACUUCUGGAACAAUUCAGAAAGAACUUGCCGAGUGUUGUGCUCAAGCGGUUACCAAAGUCAUAAAAGAAGAGAUGAGUGGUUGUUUAUUCUCUAUUCUUGUUGACGAAUCUCGUGAUAUAUCAGUCAAAGAGCAAAUGGCCAUCAUAGUCAGGUAAACAUCCACUUUUAUAUCUCGUGAUAUAUCAGUCAAAGAGCAAAUGGCUUCGUAUUGAAACAAUGUGGGACUCAAUAAUAGAAGUUCUGCAAGUGGUGCAUGAUGAGGAACGUAAUCCAUCAAGGGCAGGGGGUUGGUGCCUACUAUGGAGUCUUUCAGCUUUGUGUUUAUCAUGAAGAUGAUGUUACAGAUCCUUCGCAUAACAAAUGAGCUAUCUCAUCUGUUGCAGAAGAAGGAUCAAAAUAUUGUUGAGGCCAUGUCUUUGGUUAUUGACGUGAAAACACGUUUGAACAAUUUGAGAAGCGAAGGUUAUGAGCCACUACUUGAAGAAGUCAAAACAUUUUGCCAAGAAAAUGAUAUCCCAAUACCAAAUAUGGAAGAUAGUGUACCAAGAUUUGGUAGAUCAAGGAAAGGAGGGAGAAACAACAUCACUCAAGAUCAUUACUUUCGUGUUGAUACCUUCUUUGCUACCAUAGAUGCUAUCACAACAGAGUUUGAUCAUCGAUUCAGUGAGGUAUCAUCGGAAUUACUUACUUGCUUUGCUUGCCUUGAUCCUAGAGAUUCAUUCUCUAACUUUGAUGUGAAUAAACUUGCUCGCCUCACGGAUAUAUAUUUGGAUGAUUUUUCUUUUGAUGACCGGAAAAGAAUAAGAGACCAGUUACAAACCUUCAUUAUUCAUGUUAGAAGAGUUGAGGCAUUCAGAGCUUGUUAUGACCUUGCAAGCCUAGCAAUGAAAAUGGUUGAACUUAAGAGGCAUGAAAUAUUUCCCUUGGUUUAUCGCCUAAUUGAGCUGGCAUUGCUGCUACCAGUAGCAACUGCAUCAGUUGAAAGAGCAUUUUCAGCCAUGAAGAUUAUUAAAAUUGAGUUGCGGAACAAGAUGUCCGAUGGUUGGCUUAAUGACUUGAUGGUGGUGUAUAUUGAGCGGGAGAUAUUUAAAGGAAUUGAUCUUGAAUCUAUCAAGAAGGCUUUUCAGAAGAAAAAA